AUGGAACAUGUCCCAGGUGUCAGUAGGUUUCCAGUGAUCCCUCCAGUGAUCCCUCCUGCCUUGAGAUGGAUCACUACUGGGGACCCCUGCCGGCAGUUGCUGGCAGUUGGCACUGUGGGCGCCCCCAUGCUCCUGCAGAGGUUGAGGGGCGGGGUCUGCGGAGCAGGCUAUGCUCUGCAGUGGCUCAAGCCAGACUAUUUUCUAGCAUUCAUGGAGAUCAGUAAAGAUAUUACAAUCCCAGAACAACUGUGGAAAAUGAAGCCACAGCAGAACCUAGAAGAUGACAAGCCUCUGGGUUCACAAGCAGUCAUGUUUUGCAUGCUGCUCAGGCUAUUUUACAGGGACAAUGCAGUACAGCCAGAGUCCAAACCUAGGCAGAAGGCAUUCUGUAAAGCAGGAUGAAGGAGAUGGCCCUGGGUUAGACACAGGUCUGUUGGGAAAGAGUCCUCCCAAGCCUACACCAUCAGUGAGCAGGAGCAGAGAGUGAAGAGGUUGGAGAAGCUCAAAAGGGACUUUGAAAGGAUGAAGAAUGAGAGAGAUGAACUCCGGGGAAUCCUGGCACAUUAUACUGACAAGGAUUUGAAAGACAGCAUCAACUUUGAGACCAUGAUGCUGGAGAUGCAACACGAACAGGUGAUGACUGAUCUCAAGAAAAUUCCUCAGCAGAUCUGUGAGGCCUUGUACAAGUGCCAGGAGCUGAUUCAAGAAAAUCAACUUUACUGCAUCAGGAACUGUCACCUCCUUACAGAAUCUUUUCAUAUGAAGAAGCAAGUAAAAAUUCUGUGGAAUGAGUACAGGCAGCUGCUUAGGGAGCAGAUUGCACUGGAUGUGUGUUCUAAUGAAACAAAGAGGCUAUAUGUGGAGGCCAGCACGAACAUAUAUGAGAAAUACAUCAAGCAGCAGCAGAGGGAAAUCUAUUUAGCCAUAUUGAAACCAUUUGUAGGAAAACCAAACACUGUGGUACAUGGAGGUCUGAAAAACUUUAACAGAAGGUCAAACUGGGCACAAACAAGGUCAAGAUUUCCAUCAGACACAACUCUUUACCAUGAGCUUUGUGUGUUCAAAGCAAGUGAACCACCAUUGCAUCUCAUCCCUAUAACCAUGGCAAUCUUGGACUGCAUGUUCUUCCUUUUGAGGGUUUCUAUAUGUCACAAGGCCUUUAUUUUACCCAGCCUCUGGUCCAGCAAGAGUGCAUGUUUGGAAGGCUUCAGAGAAGUGCUGAGGGACAUCAACAUCUGCUGGUCAUCCAGGAGGAGCCUGAGAGUGUAA